CGGACUUCUUUUCAGGAAUGCAGUGGGAAGUGUGAGAAGCUAAAGUAGGAAAGAGCUCCGUUUUUAUUUAUUUAUGGUAUAGUUUAUAGUUUACAGCCAUUGUUAUGGAGUUUAUUGUUGAGAGAGUAUGUUAACCUGGCUGCGUCUCCAAGAAGUGACUUUGAGCGCCUCACCACAGACUUUGGAGGAUUUUUGAGACUGACAAGAAGCUUCACGGCGACUUCUGCAUCAUGGGCUGCAACAAGGUGCUGUGGGGGGUGGUGGGGGCGGCUGUCGUCAUCACGUUGAUAACGAUCACAUCCGUUUAUUUAAGCAAACCUAAUGGGACCAAAAGGCCUUUCACCCUUCAAGAUUACUUCAAUGACACCAUCAGGUGGAGAUCCUACAACUUGUACUGGAUAUCAGACAAGGAGUAUCUGCAUAAAACAAGAGAUGGAAAUGUCUUCCUCCACAACGCUGAAACAAAAGAGGAGUCACUUUAUUUGAGCAACUCAACCUUUGAUCAAGUGGAUGCGACACAUUACUUAUUGUCAGGAGAUUACAAAUUCAUUGCUUUUGAGAGCAAUUUCACAAAGAAAUGGAGACAUUCAUUCACAGCCUCGUACUCCAUCUAUGACAGAAAUAGUUCAACAUUUGUUAUGACUGGGAGUCUUCCAACUAUAGUGCAGUACUUUGCGUGGGCCCCGACAGGAAACAAAUAUGCAUAUGUGGUAGACUACAACAUUUUUGUCAGAUCUGACAUCACUGCUGAAGCUGUGCAAGUGACCCACAACGGCAAAGAGAAUGAGAUCCUUAAUGGUAUCCCUGACUGGGUAUAUGAGGAGGAAGUGUUUGCAUCAAACGGGGCAAUAUGGUGGUCCACAACCGGCAAUCUUUUGGCUUACGCAGAGUUUAACAAUACAGACGUUCACAAAGUGGAGUUCACCUGGUAUGGAUCGGAGCAAUAUCCAGAAACAGUGGCUGUCCCAUACCCAAAGGCCGGGUCGACCCUCACCAAGGUGAAACUGUUUGUGGUUGAUAUCACCAAUCCAUCCCGUCCCACACGGGUGACCCCCCCUGCUUCUGUUGCUUCUGGUGAUCACAUUUUGUGCUCAGUGAACUGGAUUACAGAUGAACGGGUCGCUGUGCAGUGGCUCUCAAGAAAACAGAAUUACGUGGUUGUACAGAUCUAUGACUUUGAUGGAGCCAACUGGAGGGAAAAACAGAAUUUUGAACAAACAAGCAAGACAGGCUGGGUCGGCCAUUACGUUCCAUUGCCUCUGUUCUUCGCUGAAGAUAAACUCAGUUUCUACAAAGUCAUGAGUGACACUCAAGGCUACAAACACAUUCAUUAUGUGAAAGAUGGCAAAGCAACACCUAUCACCUCAGGGAAGUGGGAAGUCAUCUACAUAUCCAAAUUAACAAAAGAUGCCAUAUAUUUUGUGAGUAACGAGUACAAAGGAAUACCCGUAAAGAGAAAUCUUUACAAGGUUAUGAUUGGAAGCAGCCCCUUGGCUCCUCAGUGCCUCACCUGUGGCCUGUAUGAGGACAGGUGUCAGUCCAACUCUGCUUACUUCAGCUAUGAUGCCUCCUACUACCGAAUGGACUGCUACGGACCUGGAUUUCCCCUCUACACACUCAUGGACAACACAGGGCCAGGAGAAGAGCUCUCCGUUCUUGAAGACAACAAGGAACUGGAAAAUGUUCUGUCUGAAUUCCAAAUACCAACAAUGCAGUAUGGCACAUUUAAGAUCGCAGGAUUUGAUCUCUGGUAUCAAAUGAUGCUACCACCAAAUUUCAAGAAGUCUAAAAAAUACCCACUUCUUAUCGAUGUGUAUGGUGGCCCCUGCAGUCAAAAGGUGGACUAUAGGUUCAAACUGAACUGGGGAACGUACCUUUCCAGUACACAUGGGAUCAUCUUCGCCAGCUUCGAUGGAAGGGGGAGCGGUUACCAAGGUGAUGAAAUAUUGCACUCAAUCUACAAGCGCCUUGGGACGUUUGAAGUUGAAGACCAGAUAACAGCUGUGAGGAAAUUCAUUGACAUGGGUUUUAUCGACAAAGACAGAAUAGCUAUAUGGGGCUGGUCAUAUGGCGGUUACGUUACCUCGAUGGCCCUCGGUGCUGGAACUGGACUCUUCAAGUGUGGGAUCGCAGUUGCCCCAGUAGCAAAGUGGGAUUAUUAUGACGCAGUGUACACUGAACGCUACAUGGGCAAGCCGUCGGAGAACGCAGACUCUUACAAAAAUUCUACAGUGACGGCCAGAGCAAAGAACUUCAAGACAGUCGACUAUCUGUUGGUUCAUGGCACAGCAGAUGACAACGUCCACUUCCAGCAGGCAGCACAGAUCUCCAAAGCUCUGGUGGACAUGCAAGUUGACUUUGAGGCGAUGUGGUACACAGACAGGGACCACGCACUCAGAGGAACAGCCUACCAUCACGUAUACACCCUCAUGAGCCACUUCCUGCAGAAAUGCCUCGUUAAUCCCCAAUAGAUGUGAAAACUGUGACAGCAUUUCUUAUGGAAAAAUAUCCACAGGUUUUUGUUUUUUUAAUGUGUGUAUUUUUGUGUCAAUUGUUUUUAAGUGCAAUGAUUGCUUGUACAAAUGAGCAUUUAUCUGACAUUUUAAACAUACUAAAAGCCACUGCAUGCAUUUAGGAUUUUUAGCAAGCUGCAUUGAACUGCACUGAUUUGUUGUGGACUGUUAUAAUACUUGUCUCAGUCAUGUCCUUAAGUGGAAAUAAACUUUAUUUA